CCCCGCCUCCUGCCCGAUGAUAGCUGGGAUAGGCUCCAGGACGCCCGCGACCCAAGUGAGGAGAAGCGGCUCAGAAAAUGGAUGGAUGGAUGUAACGCACCUAGCAAAAGAAAAGGCGGUGUCGCUCUCUCUCCAUCAGCACCAUCGCUCAAAUCCACCUGCUUUCCUCUCCUUCCUCCUUCUCCCCGUUUACACCUCUUACAGAAAAUCAUUUCCAAAAAUGGCCAGCAGUUUCUCCAGGAUCCUGUCGUCCAAACGCAACAUUGGGAUCCUCUCGGUGAUCGGCGGCUCCCUGACGGCCGGAUUUCUGCUGCACCGGCAGCACGUCAGCGCCGGAGCGCCGGGGCGCAAGCUGUACCCCGCCAGUGCGGAGUACCCCGACCUGCGCAAACACAACAACUGCAUGGCCAGCCACCUGACGCCCGCCAUCUACGCCAAGCUGUGCGAUAAGGCCACGCCCAGCGGCUACACGCUGGACCAGGCCAUCCAGACAGGCGUGGACAACCCCGGGCACCCCUUCAUCAAGACGGUCGGCAUGGUGGCCGGAGACGAGGAGUCCUACGAGGUGUUUGCGGACCUGCUGGACCCCGUCAUAAAAGAGAGGCACAACGGCUACGAUCCCCAAACCAUGAAGCACCCCACCGAUCUGGACGCCAGCAAGCUCCAGUCGGGCCACUUCGACGAGCGCUACGUGCUGUCGUCCCGGGUGAGGACGGGCCGCAGCAUCCGCGGGCUGAGCCUGCCCCCCGCCUGCACCCGGGCGGAGCGCAGGGAGGUGGAGCGCGUGGUGGUGGACGCCCUCGCCGGUCUCAAGGGCGAUCUGGCCGGGAGGUACUACAGCCUGACCCAGAUGACGGAUCAUGAGCAGCAGCAACUCAUCGACGACCACUUCCUGUUUGACAAGCCGGUGUCCCCCCUCCUGACGUGUGCGGGGAUGGCCCGCGACUGGCCCGACGCCCGCGGAAUUUGGCACAACAAUGACAAGACCUUCCUGAUUUGGGUCAAUGAGGAGGAUCACACCAGGGUUAUCUCCAUGGAGAAGGGAGGCAACAUGAAGCGAGUGUUUGAGAGGUUCUGCAGAGGCCUCAAGGAGGUGGAGCAUCUGAUCCAGGAGCGAGGCUGGGAGUUCAUGUGGAACGAGAGGCUGGGUUACAUCCUUACCUGCCCGUCCAACCUGGGCACUGGCCUGCGGGCGGGGGUCCACGUCAAACUGCCCCUGCUGAGCAAGGACUCUCGCUUCAGUAAGAUCCUGGACAAUCUGCGUCUGCAAAAGAGAGGGACGGGCGGCGUGGACACCGCUGCCGUGGGCGGAACCUUUGACAUCUCCAACCUGGACCGCCUGGGACAGUCCGAGGUCCAGCUGGUGCAGACGGUGGUGGACGGCGUCAACUACCUGGUGGAGUGCGAGAAGAGACUGGAGAAAGGCCAGGACAUCAAGGUGCCCGCGCCCAUCAAGCAGUCCAAGUAGACCACCUGACCCCCACCAAUCACACUUGCGCCCCUCUCCAUUCUCACCUCACCUCACCUCACCUCCUGGGCACACACAUGCACAAACACCCCACCCAGUACCCAUAGAUAUAUCAGAAAUAUCUAUGUCAGUGUUGCAUUUAGUGCUCUUCAAUAGCUAAUAUACCACCCACCUCUCUUAUUAUAUAAGCAACAUAUUUAAUACUCCUGACAAGGGUUGCAAAGGGGUGGACCUUUUCUGGAAAGCGUCUGCAUAAUUUCCAUGGGAAGUUAAGAUGGGGAAUUUUGGGAAUAGUAAGCAGUAAUAUUAACAUUUGUUGUCAAAAGAAGACAUCCAUGAAAAAUAAUACAUUAAAAAAGUGUAAUAGUUCAACAAUAUACUUUAUUGACCAAUCAAUAAUUUCAUUGGAGAACAAAAAGUCCCAUUCCAAAUGCAAAUCAAGAAGCACCUUCCUUCAAGCCUCUUGAGCCUAGCCUCUGCGUUUUUGCGAAAAUCUUUUCAGCAAAUGGGCCUCUUCAUAUUCAACUCGUUUUAGUCAGGAUUAUGCUAAAAUCUAUAUUUUCCCCAACUAUAUUUUAGUUCCCCAUUAGCUCAUUCACUGCCGGGCGUUUUCAAAUAAUAUUGUGACAAUAUAAGCACAGACCCUACCAAAAGAAAGAGUCGGCUCUUCUUUCAAAAUGUUUGUUGCCACCUGUUUCUGUUCUUUCGUAACCAGCAGGAGAACAUUGAUUAGUUUCACCCAAAACACCAGUUUCUGACCAAACAAUGGAGAAAGCAAGUUUUUAGGGGGAAAAACACGUCAACCAGAACAGUAAUUUUGAUGCUGACUGACCGCAUGGCACAAGUCCAUCAGUAGCUUUUUUACAUGGCGUUCGUCAUUCACUCCAUGAAUAAUGAUCGCAACACACACGUUUUCCUACUUACCACGAGACAUACUCUGUUUAUAGCAAACAUAUACUUACACGAAUGUGAGGUACCUAAACUUGUCCGACUUCCAACGUGGUGGCAUUUCUCUACGUCCUGAUCGGCGUGAAACACUGAGAAAAAGCCCCUAUUCUUUGUGUUCUCCUCAAAAGCUGUGCUGAUCUCAAAUCCAAAGCGAUGCCACGGCGCCAUCUACAGGGAUCUGUUAGUCAUUACAGUGGUUUACAAACUUAAAUUUCACAGACAAGCUGGCAAAGACGCUCUCCCACACCUGCCUAUUGAAAAACGUACUUGACGAAUAUAUACGUCGUCUGAUUCCAGUUAAUGUAUGUAAAUGUCCGCCGCAGUGAAUGUCUGAAGAGCCAACCUUCAAUUUUGUAAAUUUCUAUUUUAUUCCCGUUAAUUCCCAUGGAAAGUUUCCAACUUUGAAAGUUCCCGUCAUUUUGCAACCCUACUCCUGACACUCCAGAGCCACACAAAAUCGGUGGUGGGCUUCGGUGGGAUUCAUUGAAAUGUAAUAAUUGGAAAUAAAAAAACCCACAAGCUUCUCCCGCUGAAUCCAACCUGCUUUGCCUCUAAGCCCCCCCAAACCCGCAGCAUGCCACCUCCUCCCCCAUGUUAAUUAAAAGUCAUCACAUGGUGCUCAUGCUACUCAUCACUUGGAGUGGAUCUGAAUGUGACUCUUACAAAAUGCAAAGGCUGGUGUCUGUGCUGUAAGCCAUUGAAGCAAUAUCAUAGCAGCUCAUCUCUGAAUGUCACACGUGUGUCUUUUAUUAAACAAAUCAUCUA